UCGCUCCCCAUCAUACGACGGGAACUACUUAACAUUUGAAGGCCGAUCUGCCCAGAAUUGACUGGGUCCCUCGGAAUUAAAAAGAAAUAAAAUAAAAACAACAAACCAGAGUCAAACCCAUUCCCAAAAAACCUAGUGGCGCGUCUCGGUUUAUAUGAGAGUCGACACAACAUCUCACACCUGCUCACAUCCCUACCUAUCCUGUCGUAACAAAGAUCUGUCAGUCCGCGCAAGCAGACUACGCAAUACACAAGCACACAACCUCCUCUAAUCCACAUUAUACGCAUACCAUCCUGUACACAUACACAUACACAUACACAAACGGAUAGCUUAUUGCCGACGCAGGUACACACACAGCCCUGUUGCAUAUCCAUACACCACCCGUCGCCAAAGCUUACCAAUCCCCUCCCUUAUCCCAAGUGUACAAGUAGUCGUGGGAAGUACCGAUGGCUGCUGUAGUAAGUGUAUCGCAACCUAUCACACCUGCGAUACCAGGUCGGAACGAUAGUAGUGAUAGCUCUCGUUCUAGUCAGACGAGUACCGAGAAGGUCAAACUCGCCUCCCAGCUUCGCACCUCUUCAUCGCUGUCAAAGCACCAUCGCAGCAGCCAUGAAAGCAAUUCUCAAGUCGACCGCUCAGUCCAACCUAAGCGGUGGAAGACCAUCCUCAAGGCCUUCAAGCAUAUCCACAACCUGACUCCUAAGGAGGUUGAUGACUUCAUGGCAUCGUAUGAGAUAUACAACCUGGACUGGGCCAACGAGGAUGAAAUGGUAAAGGCUUUCGGUCCCAACUACCAGGAGCGUGUUGGUGAUUGCCUUCGCUCCUACUAUUCGGUGUUGAACCAUCUUUGCAGUCUUGGUGAUGUCGAGAAGAUGUACAUCCCGCCGCUAAUGGACAAGAAGGCGUCUGUCCUAGACAACCAGCUCCUCUACGAGGAAUCUAUCGCCAGGGAUAUUGGACUGAAGGAGGGCAUGAAGGUCCUAGAUCUUGGAUGCGGUCGUGGGCGCGUCGCUGCCCACAUGACAAGCUUUAGCGGAGUUCAUGUAACCGGUCUAAAUAUCGAUGCGAAUCAGAUUGCGCAGGCUAAGGACUGGAAUGAGCGGUGCGGUUUCAGCAACGACUUUGUGGUCCACGAUCAGAACAAUUUGCCCUUACCCUUUCCUGACGAGUCUUUCGAUGCCUUUUAUGAGAUACAGGCGCUCAGUCUCUGCAAGGACCCCUCUGCCACAUUCAAAGAGGUCUACCGCCUGCUAAAGCCUGGCGCUAAGUUUUCGCUGUUGGAUUGGGUCAGCUUGCCGCCGUACAACCCCGAGGAUCCUGUCCAUGCGGGACUAAUGCGUCGCGUUAAGCCUCUGAUCGGCGCUGUGGGCACCCCGACACCGGUAAGUUUUGAGAAGGCCCUCAUGGAUGCCGGCUUCACCGUCACAAGGUCGGACAAUCCCAGCAUAGACGGCCUUCAGGCCCCGCUCAUCGACAAGGUCGACAUUUAUUUUCGCUCCGUCAGGCGCGUCAUCCACGGUCUUGUCCGAUUACACGCACUGCCGCCGCACUUCAAGAUUCUCAUGGAUAGGUUAUGCCUAGACGGCCAGGCGUUUGUACAAAUGGACAAUAUGCGCCUUAUUACCACGACAUACCGGAUCAUCGCAGAGAAGCCUUUGGUAUAAAGGAAUUGGAGAAACGAUAGGUGGGGGAGAGGGAACGGAAUUUUAUUAUUUUUUCAUGAGGGUGGAUUUGGGCACGGCUAUCGGAAGUCGGAGGAUUCGACACCACUCUUGGUAUGGCGCUGUCGUCCAUCCACGCUUACGCCUCAUCCUUUUUGGUGGGGUGAAAAUUAUUU